AUGAUCGCUUCCAACGUUCUCGCUAUCGCUCUCGCCGUCGCCGGCGCUUCCGCUGCUCCCCUCACCAAGCGUGGCAGCGGCGGCCAGGCCACCUACUACGCUGCCGGUCUCGGUGCUUGUGGUUGGACCAACUCUGGCUCCGACUUCAUCGUUGCCAUGAACGCUCCCGAGUGGGCCGGUGGAUCCCACUGUGGUCAGACCGUCACCAUCACCAACAACCAGAACGGCAACACCCAGACCGCCCAGGUUGCUGACCUUUGCCCUGGUUGCUCGUGGGGCUCGCUCGACAUGUCGACCGGCCUCUUCUCUGCCCUGAACAACGGCAACAUGGACGCUGGUGUCUUCCCCAUCAGCUGGACCUUCGGCUCUGGCUCGUCUGCCCAGCAGAGCAACCAGCAGCAGCAGAAGCAGCAGCAGGAGCAGCCCACCUCGACCUACACCCCCGCUGCCACCUACACCAAGACCUUCGAGCCCUCGUACACCCCCACCCCCUCGUCGGUUUCGUGGUCCGCCGCUGCCGCCCCCACCGUCACCACCUCGUACGCUCCCCAGCCCUCGUCCGCCUCCACCAACGCCAAGACCGUCGUCUCGACCCCCGACUGGUGGGCCAACGUCAACAACGCCUGUGGAUUCGUCCAGGACGCCGCUUCGCUCCCCAUCGCCAUCUCGGCCUCUGCCCUCCUCCCCGCUGACAAGCUCAUGAGCGCUUGCGGCAAGUGGGUCCAGGUCAAGAACAACCAGAACGGCAAGGAGCUCUCGGUCCAGGUUGUCAACUUCUACGAGGGUGAUGGCCAGAUCGCUCUCGGUGAGGCUUACAAGCGCCUGGCGAACAACUACGCCGCUCCCGAGGCCAUCGAGUCGAUCACCUGGGGCUUCAUCGACGGCCAGGGCAUGUAA